AUGGACUCCAUGGAAUCAUGCGUUCCUCCUGGGUUUAGAUUUCAUCCUACUGAUGAGGAGCUCGUCGGCUAUUACCUUAAAAAGAAAGUGGCUUCUCAAAAGAUAGACCUUGAUGUCAUCAAAGAGAUUGAUCUGUACAGAAUCGAACCAUGGGAUCUUCAAGAAUGGUGUCGGAUCGGAUAUGAAGAGCAAAGUGAGUGGUACUUCUUCAGCCACAAGGAUAAGAAGUACCCAACAGGCACAAGGACGAAUAGGGCAACAUUGUCCGGGUUUUGGAAGGCAACAGGCCGAGACAAGGCCGUCCACGACAAGAACAAGCUUAUUGGCAUGAGGAAGACACUGGUCUUCUACAAGGGAAGAGCACCCAAUGGACAGAAGACUGACUGGAUCAUACACGAGUACAGGCUUGAGUCUGAAGAGAAUGGACCACCUCAGGAAGAAGGAUGGGUCGUUUGUCGAGCAUUCAAGAAACGUCCUGCCUGCCCAACGAGGAGUGUUGUCGAUGUGUGGGACUCCAAUUAUGGCUAUGACGAUCCCAGCAGGGUGAGAUCCUCCAUUGUCAACCCAAUGGAAUACCUCCAGAUGCAGCCCAAGAGUCUCCUCUGCAAGCAGGAGACCGAGCUUGACCACCUGAACCUCUUGCACUCAAACCAAUUGUUCCAACUCCCACAACUCGAGAGCCCCUCGCUACCCUUAGUGAAGCAACCCAGCCUACUCUCUAUAGCCACUGAGAACGAAGAUGAGGAGCAAACAAGAAGUUGCAACGCCAUCGACAAGGUGACCGAUUGGAGGGCCCUCGACAAGUUUGUUGCAUCCCAGUUGAGCCAGGAAGAUAGGUUCAGCGCCGAACGGGUAGUUUCAGAUUUUGGUGCAGACAAUGACUCGGACAUGGCGCUGCUGUUGCUUCAGAGUGGAAGGGAGGAGGUGGGCAAAUUGAAUGGGUUCUUGACCUCCGGGGAACCGGAAUGUGACAUAGGAAUCUGUGUGUUUGAGAAAUGAGCCUAUAUGGAGAGGGGUAAGGGAGUUGCUUGAUCAGAACUUGUUCUUUCUUCUUCUUUUAUUCUAUGUAUAAGUUUGUGAUUGGCUAUCAUAAAGUUGGGCUUUGCGCUGAGCUACUA